AUGAGCGCGUCGCCGAUCGUUGCUGAGUCCAGACCAGUUGGGGAGUCCAGACCCACUGGUCCGGGCCUGUUGGCACGCGGUCACUACCUCUUCCUUGCUCUGGCUCGUCGUUUGGAGGCUCUAUUGCCAUCGGAUGCGCGGGAUCAAUGGCGGAGUUCGCGGGCGAUUCCGAAGAUUCUUAAACUACUGUUUUGUUCUGCAGCCUUCGGACUCUGUUUCUGGGGCUUCUUCUCUCUGCUCCGGGACGAACGGCCGUUGGUCGGUACUCCCGGUAGCGACACAUUAGUGGCCCAGAUUGCGGACCUCAACUUCAAAGUGGGCCGGGACGCAUUGCGAAGGGACACGGCGUCUGUGAGGUAUCAUGGAGACCUAAGUCAGAUCCCGAAGCCCGGGAACUGGUCACACCCAACGUACGCUGAUGACCUGCGCUUUCCCCUGGAUCGUGAACCCCAGGAUUUCCGUCUCAGCCAGUGUAAAGGCCUUAAGUAUGGCAACCGUGUCCCCAAGACCAGCGUGGUGUUCAUCUUUUGCAACGAGCCGUUCGAGACGCUGCUCCGCUCUGUUCACUCGGCACUUAACACUUCCCCUCCAGACCUACUUGACGAAAUUAUACUUGUCGACGACGGCUCUGACCGCCCCUACAUCAAAUCCAGGGAAGAUGGCGGCACCGGCUUGCUCGAGGACUAUAUUGCCUUGUUGCCAAAGGUACGACUCAUCCGCACUGGCGAGAGGAGCGGUAUUGUGCGCGCCAGACUGACCGGUAUUAACGCCGUUAAGAGCGAGACAUUCGUUAUUCUAGACUCACACAUCGAGUGCCAGCCGGGAUGGCUGGAGCCGCUGCUGUAUCCUAUUGGUAGUGAUCCGUCCAUUGUCACUAUGCCUCACAUCGAUGGCAUCGACAAGUCCACUUUGGAAUUGCAGAAGGGUGGUGUGGGCUGCACAAUUGGGUUGAUUUGGAACGUGAUGGAGCAUGCUUACAAGCCUGAGCCCGGUGUGAGUCCAGCUGACCGCGUAUUAGGCGGACCCACCGACUAUGUCUCCUCGCCCACAAUGGCAGGCGGGCUUUUCGCUGCAAACAAAGAGUGGUUUUUGAAGAUCGGAGGCUACGACACAGAAAUGUCUGGAUGGGGCGCAGAAAACGUGGAAUUCAGUUUCAGACUAUGGCAAUGCGGUGGCAAACUACUCUGCACAGAGUGUUCCCGAGUAAACCACAUGUUCGGCGGAGGCAAACACUACAAAACGAAAGGCGGCAGCACCUCCGUCAACCGCAUGAGAACGAUUGCCUCCUGGAUGGAUCAGUUCGCAGACCUCUCAUGGCACGUCCUAGGACGCCCCAAAUUCGAGGAAAUUGGUAACCUUACGAGAAUGAACAAACUAAGAAAAGAACUACAGUGCAAGGGCUUCAAAUGGUUCCUGGACAACGUCUACCCGGAAUCCUACGUCCGUGACUUCCCCGAUGACGUACCCUAUCUUGGACCAAUAGUUAACAUCGGAACCAAGAAUUGCUUAAGACAAAGCUACCGUGGUGCCAAUGGUAUCCGAACUUCAGACUGUAGUUCUGCUCUACAAGGCAACAAGGGCAUACACAUCUACUGGAAGAAACCCAGCUACAUCACAGUAGAAAAUAAUGACGAAACUUGCUUGGUGCUCGGAAAAGGCGAUAAGAGCCAACCGAAAUGGGAUUGGUGCUCCCACAACGUCCAAUGGACACUUGAUCUAGACUUUAUCUCAGCCGGUAAUGAUACGCGCUAA